UUCAUUUUCUCUUUAGUGUCGACUAAAAGAUGGUAUAACGUUGGUUCCUUCCUUCAUUGAAUGAAGAAGAAAGGGAGAAAUUUACUUGCAGCUUUCCGUCAAACCUUUCUCACCCUCCAAAACAUGACUCCCCAGGCUGAAGCCGAGGCUGAGAUACAGCUGAAUGCAGCAUCAGCGCGUUACAGUUACAACCCCAUAUUGCGAUGGAACCCUCAAGUCGAAGAUUACUUCAUCAAAGCAUACGGGUCUCUCCAUUUUGCUCAAAUCUCUAAAGCCUUAACGCGGCCGUCUUGCUAUUCUUGUAUUCGGGUGAACACUCUCAAGUCAACAAGUGAUGCUGUCAUUGAGAAACUUCAGGAAAUCAUGAGAAAAUCGGGGUCUCAAAAUGAUGUUGUAGGCAUAAAUUUGAAGGAGAAUAAAGCAAGUAAUGAUAUUGACUUGGAUAUGGUUGAGAAGCAAUCGAGCUUACAAAAUGAGUCCAUCACUAAGUGUCAGAUACCCGGUUUAGAAUACGUUGUAUUUGUUAAGGGUUCUGGACCACAUGAAAUUGACUAUGAUUAUUUGCCCGACAAACCACCUAAGGAGGUGCUUGUUAGUAGGAAAUGUGCUGAAGCAGUUCUUCGAGGUGCUCAGGUAUAUGUUCCAGGUAUAAUGGCCUGCAGUUCUCAUGUUGAGGAAGGGGAUGUAGUUGCAGUUUCAGUUGCUGUGGAGCAGCCUUUUCCUGACGGUGGAUGGGGACUUGGUAUAACACGUGGGACUGUUCUGCAGGGACUGCCAACCGAUCCCUAUCACUUUGAGCGAAAUGGAUUAUACAUUGGUCAAGGAACAACAAUGUUGUCAAGAGCCGGGAUCUUCCGUGCUUCUCAAGGAAUUGCUGUUGAUAUGAAUAAUCGAGUAUUUAAGUUGCCUUCAUUUUAUGAUGUUCUUGAAGGGGAAAUAUUUCUUCAAAACCUGCCGAGCAUUAUUGCUGCUCAUGCUCUUGAUCCUCAGAAAGGUGAGCGGAUACUAGACAUGUGUGCAGCUCCAGGAGGGAAGACAACUGCAAUUGCUAUACUUAUGAAGGAUGAAGGGGAGGUGAUUGCAGCUGAUAGAUCCCAUAAUAAGGUGAUUGAUAUUCAGAAAUUGGCAGCUGAGUUGGGUUUGACUUGUAUAACAACAUAUAAACUAGAUGCUCUCAAAGCUGUUCGUAAAAGAAAUGGUUCAAGUGAUAUGACCACUCUGUGCUGUAACAAGGAUAACAAUGAUGUUGUGAAUCAAAGGUCUGACUCGGGGCCUCUUGGCAAUGGAGUGUCAUCUACUACCAUUGUAGGAUCAAAUGCUGAUACAACUUUCAAGGAGAAUGUUAGCAAUGAAAAAGCAAAUGAGAGAACUUACACCAGCAAAGCUGACAUUAGGAAGAACACGCGAAGAAUGAGGAAUGGCCCAGGGAGAAAUCAAAGCCUGGGUGGUAGAGUUGAGAAUUCAAAAGGCUUCCUUCCUAACAGCUUUGAUCGUGUCCUUCUUGACGCUCCUUGUUCCGCUCUUGGUUUGAGACCUCGGCUAUUUGCUGGAGAGGAAACCAUAGAGUCAUUGAGAAAUCAUGGUAAGUAUCAAAGGAGGAUGUUUGAUCAGGCUGUUCAGCUAGUUCGCCCUGGUGGAGUCCUUGUGUACUCAACAUGUACAAUCAAUCCUGGUGAGAAUGAAGCAUUGGUCCGAUAUGCUUUGGACACAUACAAGUUCCUGUCUUUAGCUCCACAGCAUCCAAGAAUUGGAGGAGCUGGUCUUGUCGGUCGUUGUGAAUUUCCAGAUGGAUAUGUUGAAGAAUGGCUAAGACCAGGAGAGGAGGAAUUGGUUCAGAGGUUUGAUCCCUCAUCUCAACUUGAUACUAUUGGAUUUUUCAUAGCCAAAUUUGCUGUAGGCCCCAAAGACAACAUAUAAACUCACUCAAGUAGUAACCAUUUAACUACUAGGUCUUUUGUUGUUGUAGUAUUUAUUAUUUAUUUAUUCACUUUUAACUGUGAGAUUUGAGUUUAUGAUUUUAUCCUCUUUACUACUGCAAUAAUAAUAUGUAUUUUAUAGGCUUCA